AGUACUACCUGUCCCUGCACUGCCCGGCCCAGCCCAGCACUGCCCAGCCCAGUAUCACCUGGACUGCCCGGUCCUCCGCUUCCCAGUCCUCCACUUCCCGGUCCUGCACCGCCCCUGCACUACUCGGCCCUGGUCUGCCUGGUCCUGCACGGCACUGCAAUCCGACUCAGCUCAGCACUGCCCCAGCUUAUGUUUAUGCGUCAGAUAUCCAGCAUCAUCAGACGGCAAGCAAUGGCAGAGCUCAGACCUGUGGUAAUUAGUGGACCCUCUGGUGCAGGCAAGAGCACCCUCCUGAAGAUUCUUUUCAAGGAGUAUGAGACGAUUUUUGGAUUCAGUGUCUCGCAUACAACAAGAAGUCCAAGAACAGGUGAAGAAAAUGGCAAAGAUUACCACUUUGUAUCGAGGGAAGAAAUGCUUCGUGGUAUUGCGGCUGGGGAAUUUGUAGAAAGUGCCGAGUUCUCGGGCCACCUGUAUGGCACAAGUAAAGCAGCGGUGCAGGCAGUUCUAUCCAAGAACCAAAUCUGCAUUCUUGACAUAGACAUGCAGGGUGUGAGGAACAUCAAGAAAACAGACUGGUCUGCAAUUUACAUUUCCAUUCAGCCGCCUUCAUAUAAAGUUCUAGAAGCACGGCUGAAAGAAAGGGAAACUGAAACUGAAGAAGGUUUACGUAGGAGAUUAUUAGCAGCAAAAUUGGACAUGGAAUUCAGUAGACAGCCUGGUAUUUUUAAUCUGGUAAUAGUUAAUGAUAAAUUAGAGGAUGCCUAUUCUCAGUUGAAAUCGAUUCUUCUUAAGGAAAUCGAAAUGGCAAAAAGCUUACAGAAAUGAACUGAUUUCAAACACCAUUCCAUUUAUUUCGAACCUUGUAUUCCAGAGAAUUAAAUGAAGUAGGAAGAAUGAAAACAAUUAUUUAUCUGUAUUCUGACAUGCUUUUCUAAAGUACUGGUAAUUUUAUUUUUGUGUUGGUGUAUUUUUUUGAGCUAAAAUAAUGGAUUGCCUCUUAAGGCAUUUGUAUUAGAGAAUGUUUCUUGUUAGAAAAGAGAACCUGGCUUACUACUCAGUAAAAUAUUUAGCUCAGUAUUACAGAAAGUAUUUUCUUUUUUUUUAAAUAGAUUUUAAUUAACUGUUCAAGUUGUUGUCGGAUACUUUAUGAAACACUCCAAAUAAACUCUUGCAUCUUCAACAUUAUUAAAACAGAAAAGUGAUCAUGAUUGGACCAACAACAGUAGGCAUCAGACUGAGCUUGGCACCUUUUGUACCAGCAUAAUUUCUAAAUUAGCAGAUUUCCCAUAAAUAUUAUUCUUUGCUUGUGAAUAUAAAGUAUUGAAGUAGAAGAAUUAUUUCAUCAUGGGUUUGUCUGAAUUUUAUAUAUUGUUUGUGAGAUGAAAUUCACUGUGAUGGUAUCUGGUUAAAUGGCCUUUUGGGGGUAUAAAGAAAUUCACUGGGAAAUAAAAACUGCAAUGUGUUUUUUUUA